AAUAAAACUGUGCUAGCCUCUGCCAGUCUCAUUUCUUAGUAUCGCCUCUCUUCAGUAGCUGCACUUCAAAUGUUGUGGUGUAGUUUCCUUGCCCUGUGGUGCUUCGCUUACGUCCAAGCUGCAGCGAGAAUUGUGCCAACGUUGGUGUAUCCAAGGCUACUAGAAGGUAGGUCAUCAGAUGGGCAAAAAUUGCUUCGCAUCAACGACGACCUUACUCUGAGCCUGGAAAGGACAUCUGUGUUCUCCAACCCACUGACACUAACUACCCAAGAAGGAAAUGAGCUGAAAGAUGUGCACGUUGAUGUCAGAAGCAUUGAAGACAACCUCUAUCAUGACCCGGACACGAUGUCGGCCGUGAUAAUGGAAAGAUCGGACGCUGGGGUCCACAUGGAAGGGAUAUUAAGGGGGAACCUCCGCAUUGAACCUUCACUCGCCAGUGCCCGGUCUGCAGAUGGCCAAGUUGCACAUGCACUAUACGAGAUCGAAGAACCAAUGCACGACAGCUACGCCGAUGCUCUCCGGAUUCUGGAAGGCAGAAACCUCAAAAUACGACCACGUGAGGAUGGACCGACCUACUUCGAAUAUCCGUCGAUUAUCUACCCGAAGCUUUUCGUGGUCACAGAUUACGAACACUCAGGAACCCUCACGCACUCAAAGCUCAUCUCGUACAUGGCUAUCUUCUAUGCUAGUAUAAAUCUGAGAUUUAAGGACUUGGUGGAACCCAAGGUACAUUUUACGGUUGGACGCAUAAACAAGCUCAGUUCGUACAGUGACACAAUUCUGACCAAGGUAUUCAAGGGUGGGAAAUCUUACUUGAACUUCACAAGUACCUUGGAGAAGUUCAAGAAACAUUACAAACAAUACGAAGAAGAUGAACACAUUGCUAUUUUAAUGACGGGCCUCGAUAUGGUAUAUUCUACACAGGAGAAGGAAUGGCUCACGAGCGUAGCUGGGGUGGCUUUCGUUGGCGGGCUUUGCACUCCUGGCUCCCACUAUACUGUUGCUGAGGACAGGGCGCCCAUCUACUUCGGCGUUCACUAUGUUGCACAUGAGCUGGCACAUUUACUGGGAUCACCGCACGAUGGAACAGGAGAGGCGAAAGACUGCAAUUUCGAGGAUGGGCACAUUAUGGGCCGUAACAAACCAGGCCCAAAUCACUACACCUUUUCAUCAUGCAGUGAAGAAACCAUGAUGCUGCAUCUACUCGCUUCAGACACAGACUGCUUGACAUCUAUGGCUGAGACAUCCGUCUACAUCCCGCGUACAGUGCGACUGCCUGGCGAAAAUGUAACCUUAGACCAGUACUGCAAGAACAUCUACGGGAAUUAUCCCUUUGGUUUCAUGGUUGUGGACAACUCCCGUUGUAUUAUGUACUGCUGCGCGAAAGCAAGUACCACUUGCAUGGAACCUACCGUUCCAGAUGGCCACGUGUGCGACUCUAAGAAAGGACAUGUUUGUAUUAACGGCAUAUGCGGCAACAGAGAAGAGCUCAUGAAGGCAAAAGAGAAAGAGGAAGAAAAAGGGUUACUUGAGUACUAGUCCGUUCUACUACCGAACAUCACGAUGUCAUCAAAUUGACACUAACGUUCAAAUGAAAUAAAAUUAAGAUAAAGA